GCGACUACCGGAAGACCACAGGGCGGCGCUGGCUGGCCAAAAGGGGUCACCUAUAACCAAAGAUACGCAACUGCGGGGAGCACAAUGAAUGCUGAAAGGGCGAUAAGCCUGUAUCCUCUUACAAACUACACAUUUGGUACGAAGGAUCCUCUUUAUGAGAAAGAUGCAUCAGUGGCCGCACGGUUUCAACGAAUGAGAGAAGAGUUUGAUAAGAUGGGCACUCGCCGUACUGUUGAAGGCGUUCUCAUUGUGCAUGAGCAUGGACUUCCUCAUGUCUUAUUACUGCAACUUGGAACUACUUUUUUCAAAUUGCCAGGCGGAGAACUAGCUCCUGGUGAGGAUGAAGUAGAUGGUCUUAAAAGACUCUUAACAGAGAUUUUAGGGAGACAAGAUGGAAUCCAACAAGACUGGAUGACGGAGGAUGUAAUCGGUAAUUGGUACAGACCAAAUUUUGAACCACCACAGUACCCGUAUGUUCCAGCACACAUAACUAAACCAAAAGAACAUAAAAGACUUUAUUUAGUACAGCUUGGGGAAAAAGCAUUGUUUGCAGUACCGAGGAAUUAUAAAUUAGUAGCGGCCCCUUUGUUUGAAUUGUACGACAAUGCACCAGGAUAUGGACCAAUCAUAUCAAGUUUACCUCAGUUACUCAGCAGAUUCAAUUUCAUCUACAAUUGAACUUCAGUAAUUAACGCAUCUGUCCAUUUUUGUUGGCUGAAGAUUGCCAUAGCGAUGAAUGGUGACAUCAUCAACGUCAAAGUCAAGUACAUCAGUGAGACAGUAAAUCUGAUCAGCUGUCUGUUUUAUAAGAAUAAACUUUCUGAAAAUGAAAAAAAAAAAAUAGGAAUUA